AUGAGCGGUGGGAAGAAGAAGAGCGGAUUCCAGAUCACCAGCGUCACCUCUGACUACGAGCAGAAGGAGGCCUCCUCGCCAGGAGGAGGAGGAGGAGGAGGAGAAGCCGCCGCCGCCGCCGCCGCCAAGGGUUCCACCAGCCCCAAAGUGCCUCGCGGGCCGGCCACUGGCGAGGAGGCAGGCCCAGUGGAAGAGGACAGCCUUCAGGCCAACGGAGGCGUCACUGUGCCAAAAAACGGGCCUUCUGCGCCCAGCUCCCCGGGGACGGCCGGGGCACCUUCUUCCCAGGGCCCCGUUGGCAUGGCUAGCUCUCGGUUCCGCGUGGUGAAACUGGACCAGAGCUCAGGGGAGCCCUACAAGCGUGGGCGCUGGACGUGCCGGGAUUUCUAUGAGCAGGAGGUGGACCAGCACCUGGCUGGGCGGCUGGCGGACUCCGCCCGGCACCCUCAGUCUCUGGACUCCCGGCUGGAGGUGGCAGGGCUCCUGGCAAGGCCCCAGAGCCCCUUCAGCCCCCAGCCCCCCCAGCGAGGAGGAGGGGCUUGCCUGCAGUCCCAGCUGGUGCUCCCGGCCCCCGGGCCCUCCAGCCACCAGGCCCGCUCCCUGGGGGGCGGCUUGCCUGUGCUCCUCCACCCCAACAGGACGUCCUCCAGCCCCGUGUCCCUCCUCCGCAGCCCCCAGGCGGUGGCUGAGCCCCGGCCACGGACUCCCCGUGAGGGCGCCAGGCAGCCGGGGGACCAGUCCCCACCCAGCACUCUCCCCACGCUGCUGGUGGAGGAACAGUUGCUCCCCAAGAGCAUCACGCAGCUGAUCCAGCGGGAGACGGAGGAGCGGCACAAGGCCUUGCCUCGAGAGUCCCGCUCGCGCCCAUCCUCCCCGGCUCCCCCGCUCUUCCGAGAUGCCAGCCCCGGCCGCAGGACCUCGGACCCCUUUGGCACUGCCCGCUUCAGCCUGGCCCGCUCCAUGUUUGGCAUGGGGGUGGCCCACGACAGCGAUGACGACAGCGGAACCAACAGCAGCAUGAUCGCCAUCGACAACAAGAUUGAACAAGCCAUGGACCUGGUGAAGAGCCAUUUGAUGUUUGCUGUGCGGGAGGAGGUGGAAGUCCUCCGGGAGCAGAUCAAGGAGCUGUCGGAGCGCAACGCCUUGCUGGAGCAGGAGAACGCCCUGCUGCGCUCCCUGGCCAACGCCGAGCAGCUCACCCGCUUCCAGGCCCAGCUCCACGCGGCCAAGCCCCCCUCCAGCGGCACCGCGUGACCCCAGGCCCCGGUCAGCGGGGGGGCCAAGACUGUGACUCUAUGGGGUGUGAGUUGCAGGGAGGGAGGGAGGGAGGGGGGAGGUACUCACUAAAGGAUUCCCACAGAUGUGAAAUGGGGUGGGGGGCAGCUCCGUACCAGCGCAGCUGGAGGGGUGUGUAUGGGGGUGCGUGUGUGUGCGUGUGUGUGAAGCUGGCCUUUGGGGGUGGGCGUGGGAGGUGGGGAGGAAGGGGGCUACUAACACAGCAUGUGCCUUCAGGGGGUGGAGCCACCGGACUCCUUGGCUCCACCCCCCCCUUUUGGGAGGGGAGCACUCCUCUUUUGUAGACCCCGGUGUGGUUCGCAGCCAGGGGGGAGAGCCAGCAGGGGAGGGGCUUUGGGGCAGAGGCGGCCUGGGGGGGGGUGGCCACAACUGCCAGACUGGUCUCCUGGGGGUGGCUCUGCAGCCAUCCCGCUGGGCCUGGGGAGGGCUGGGUGUGUUGUUUCCAGGGGCCACAGGCCUGCCUGGCGGCCAGGGUGGGGGGCGCAGGCCGGGGGUGGAUGGAGGUGGCAAUACGUUUCUAUUAAGGACACUUUUACAGUAUUUCAGGUUAUUAAAGUACACAAGGAUGAA